AUUCAAGUGAAUAUUUUUUUGAAUUUUUUCUGUGCAGUGAAACUGUUUUGUUCGCGUGCCGAUCGCAAAUGUCUUUACGGAAUUGUUGAUACCAAAUGCGAGUCACGGCGAAACGGUUAUCUCGGAAUUUUCAACUCGCCAAGUUGGAUCGGAAUGGCAAAAUGCUGAUUCACCUGCUGGUCGUCGUUUUCCUCAUGGAAGCAAUUGGCGCCUUUCAGCCGGAGUUCGUGGAGAGCAUUUCCAACGUGUCCGUGGCCGUCGGACGCGAUGCAACCUUCACGUGUCACGUCCGACAUUUGGGCGGCUAUCGGGUGGGCUGGCUCAAGGCCGACACCAAGGCCAUCCAAGCAAUUCACGAGAACGUGAUCACCCACAAUCCGCGUGUCACGGUCAGUCAUUUGGACCAAAACACGUGGAAUCUCCAUAUAAAAGCUGUUUCCGAAGAGGAUCGCGGCGGUUACAUGUGCCAAUUAAACACGGACCCUAUGAAAAGUCAGAUCGGCUUCCUGGAUGUCGUGAUUCCGCCGGAUUUCAUCAGCGAGGACACCUCCUCCGAUGUGAUUGUGCCCGAGGGCAGUUCCGUGCGAUUGACAUGUCGAGCCCGUGGAUACCCGGAACCGAUUGUCACCUGGCGGCGCGAAGACGGCAACGAGAUUGUCCUGAAGGACAAUGUGGGCACAAAGACCCUGGCCCCCUCGUUUCGCGGCGAGGUGCUGAAGCUGUCAAAGAUCUCGAGGAACGAAAUGGGCUCCUAUCUGUGCAUCGCCUCCAAUGGAGUGCCCCCAUCGGUUUCGAAGCGCAUCUCCCUCAGCAUACACUUUCAUCCGGUCAUCCAAGUGCCGAAUCAAUUAGUCGGCGCACCACUUGGCACUGAUGUCCAAAUCGAGUGUCACGUCGAGGCCUCGCCCAAAUCAAUUAACUACUGGAUUAAGGACACGGGAGAGAUGAUUGUGACGUCGGGCAAGUAUCAUGUGCAGGAGAGUUCGCAGUCCAUGUACGAGACCAAAAUGUCGAUGAUAGUCCGGAAGUUCCAGAAGGACGAUGUCGGAUCCUAUCGCUGCAUAGCCAAAAACUCGCUGGGCGAAGUCGACAGCAGUAUCCGUUUAUAUGAAAUCCCCGGACCGAAUCGUAAUAAAAAUCCGCUGAACGGCGGCGGAAAGGCAGGCGGUGGAGGGGGCGGCUCUGCCGGCGGAAGCCUGGAUGCGGAUGCCAAUGACAUUUUGAAGCAGAAACAACAAGUCAAAGUCACCUACCAGCCGGAGGACGAGGAGCUGCAGUACGGCUCCGCCGAGGAUUUCGAGGCGGAGGGCGGCGAAAACGGCGGAUUGACACCGUUAUCGCCGCACGUUUACUACACCAGCGGCAAUAAACCGGCCACACAUAAGCCGGGCAACUCCGGCGGCAAUCAGCAUCAGCAUCAACAUCAGCAGCACCACCAUCACAACCACCACCACAACAACCAGCACGGUGGUGGUGGGUCGGGGUCACCAGGCGGAGGUUUGGGGUCACCUGGUGGCGAAAUGGGCGGCAUCACACGUAAGCCCCCGCCCUAUUACGGCGGCAAUACGGAAGUGCGCGGCCCCAUCGACAACAACGAAAUGAGCUCCGGCUCCGGACUGCGUCGGGGUCACCAUUUGCCCCUUCCCCUGCUCCUCGUCCUCCUCCUCCUCCUCCUCAGGAGUUGGCACUGUCGACAGCCGUUCUUAAUGGGCUUGUCGACCGUGUCUGGCCUCCUGCUCGGCCUCUUAUAAUACGCAGUCUAAUGGACUCACCCAGCGCAUUCAACAACAGACCCAACAAUACAUGGUCGAAACGAAGAAAUAAGUGGCUAACAACACGACGUUCUUCAUCAGUUGAAGGAUAUCAACAACACUUACGCCAACACACACUUUCAACCCAAAAAAAAAGGUGGUGAAUUAAAUGCAAUCCAAGGGACUGAAUGCAUUCACCAAACUUCACCAACACAUUAUCCAAAAGCUCCAACACAUUUUUAAGUAAAAGCUGUCUAAAUAAUUUCUACAACGCCCUCAACAACAUAUAUUGUGGAGGAAAAAACACACAUAAAGAGGUUUGUAAUUUAUAGUCCAAGGGACUCUAGAAAACCUCACCAAAAACUCAACAACACUUUCACCAACAGUCUCCAAAACGCAAGCUCUCAAUCAUAUAACACAAAUGUUUUAGUAUUUAAAAGUCCAAGGGACUAAACAUUUAACUACACAUUCACCAACAGUCUCUAAAAAACGUAAUCUCAACCAUAAAAACACACAUGUUGUAGUAGCAAAUGUUAAAUUGUUUAUUACAUAAAUGAAAAACAAAAAAAAAAAAAGAAAACAGGGAUGGUGUUUGGAGGCAUCCAUAUUUAGUGAAUGUAUUAAGCGCAAGAAUUUUUAGUGUUACCGAAACAUUUUCAAGGGGGUUGCAAAGUUAAGUAAUCACAGCUAGCCUAAGGUAAAGCGGAACCCAAAAUCAGUUACAGUGUAUCGAGCACUGAGUAAACAAAUUAGAGCCCAAUUGAGACAAGAGCUCGCUUUAUUUCAUAGCAUAAAUUUCAUAUUUAAAUUUUAAGAGAAGGUUGGUUCUAAUGAUGUCUAGUUAUCAAGUCAACAACUUCUACUUGAUUCGUUAUUAAUCAACCCUUUCUGCGGCCAACUUUUUGUUGACUUUUUCAUUUAAAUUUUGUCGGCUGGUACACCUUUUUUUUUACCAAUUUCCCAAACCGAUUUAUAAAACUUUCGAAAGGUCAAUUAAUAUGAAAAUGUAACACACAAAACAAAGGGAAACGGAAACGAAAACUUUUUUGAUUUGUAAAAAGAGAAAAUGAUUUCUUUUACUUUUUGUUUGUUAUUCGUUAAUUUGGGCUACUUUUGGCUAACUUUUGUUCAUUUGUUAAACUUUGAUUGACAUUUGUGAUGUUCGAGAAGAGAGUGUGGGGUUAUGAUAAAUAGGUUUGGAAAAGGACACCCCUUUUCCCAAUUUAUUUUUUUACCAGAUUUGUUAAUUGUGCUGCUGUGUGCUGUGCCUUUAAAAAUAACUAAAUUUCUCAUUUUUAUGCAAAUUAUUUGCACACAAGCUGUGAUGCCUUUUAACCCUUUACCCUGUCUUGCUCUUAACCCUUUCAUGUGCUGCGUUUAACCCCUGUUGUACCAACUAUUUCUUGGUGUUUGCCAAAACUUUCGGUUUGUUUUUGUUUUAUUUUUCAAGUCUUUGCAGCGCAGUGUUUUUAUUUAUUAUUUUUAUUUAUUUUUUGUUGCAACGUCUUGUCUUCGCAGCUGAGUAUGUAUGUGUGUUGUGUGUUUUUAAAUGAAUGUAAAUGUGUGUGUGUGUUUUUUUUUUUUUUUUUUUUUUUUUGCAAAUGUGUGUAUGGCAGCUGUGGGGCGCAAGUUGUGGACACAGAAAACUCUCGGCUCCCAUCUGCGUUGCAUUUGCUUUUGAUGAAUUACUUGCAUGUCAGUUAACCACACACACAUAUCACACCCACACAGCCACGUUUUUAAUGAAAUGAAAACUUUUUGGCAAAGUGAAUUUCAUUGUAAGAAGCAACCACCCAAGCCGACCCCAAACCCCCGAAAAGCCCAAAACAAUUCUCUGCCAGAACUUAAAACUAAAAUAAAAUAAAAAAAAUAUAAAGCGAAGACAGCUACAAAUAUACAAAACCGCCAAAAGCUGCCACUGAUGAUGAUAAUAAGACGCUGACAACCGCAGCAACAGCAACAUGAACACAGCAGCAACAUCAGCAGCAGCAACCCAAGGAAGCAUGUCAGCAGCAGGGGCUUUAGUGGGUUAGAAGAGGGGGCCGAAUUGUGGGGGUAUUUUAGCCACGUUGACACAAGUGUUUCAAAUUACACAGACCCCCAAGAAAAGGAAGCCAAGCAGCAACGUACAACAUCGAGAACUAGUCAACCGGCAGCAACACUUUUCCUGAUGUUGCAAGUUGAUGUUGCUGCUGUUGCUGUUGCCAUUGCAGUUGCUGCUGCCAUUGUCCGUUGAUGAUGUUGUUGCUGCUCGUGUUAAUGUUGAUGUUGCUUGUUUGCCAGUCACCUCAUGUUGCCACAGGAAAAGCUCUGCCAAACAUUUGCAUUUUCUUUUUAUAUUUUAAAGACUGCUUUUUAUAUUUUAAAGAUUGCUGACUCAAAAGCGUUUUAAUUACUUAUUUCAUAUUUAUUAAUUUGUGCAGUGCUUAAUAAGGUUUCAAAUAGCUGGUAAAGUAUUUGUGAAAGAUUUGCAGAAUCAAUUUAAAAUGUUAAAUUCAAAGAAAAAAUCAAUUAAGUUUCUAUUUAACAGUCAAUCGCCAUUUUCUUAUGAAAUAUAUUAAUUAUAUAAAAAAAAUUGGCGUACAAAGAACUAUUUUCUUUUUUUUUUUUAAUGAAAAGCAAAAACAAAAGACAAGUCAGUAUUUUCCGAGUCGAACUUUAAUUUAACUCUGACAAAGUAUUUGACUAUUUCUAAUUUGCUUACUGCUUCAAUUUAGUGGGGUUGUUUCCAUUAUUAUGGCUGUUCUUGCCACUUGGGCUAAUUCUAAAGCUGAUGUUGCUGCGGGGAUGUUGCUGGUGCUCAUAUCACUCGUGUUGCUGCAACUUCUUUUGUUGUUAUCCUUGCUGCUGCUGCUGCUGCCACAUUUGCUGCCUUUAAAAUCGCGCAUCCUUUGUUGUCCUUUGUUGAAUUGCGUAAAUGGCACAACAAAUAUAAAUACACAGCAGCAAUAAUACCAGACAAACAUGCACAAAAGGACAAUCACAGAGGGAGAAAUUUAUAUUAAUUGUAAUUGGAUUGAAAUGCAUUGAUAUUUUCAAUAUUUUGGUACCCAAUUUGAAUAUAUUAUAUGUUUUUUUCUGGAUUCUUGAUUAGAAAAAGAAGCAUUUGUUAUUUCUUUUUAUUUAUUAUUUUUUCUCCAUUCUUUAGAAGACUUUUGUAAACCUUUUUUUUUUGCCAGUGUACAUGUGCAUUUUGCUGCUUAUGAUUGUUACGGAGCCGCAGUUUGAGUUGUUUUUUGGGGCUUUCCGCGACACUUGUAAUCAAGUUUUCCCCAGCACCAUGGCACCAUGGUGUGUGUGCUUUCUCUAUCCAAGUGUUGCCUACUUCUGUGGGCGGGGGAAACGCGAGGCGUUGAGUGGGCGUGGCGUGGAGUGGCGGGGAGGAGCGCUUAAUUGCUCUAUUUGAUGCCGUCAAAUUGUAUUUUAAUUUCGCAUUUCCCUUUUUAUCAUUCCUCGCUGUGACUGCUGUCUUUAAGAUGCUUUUGUUUAAGGUCGGGUUUCAAAGGCAAGGAACAUAGAAAAAAGGGUAUUGCAUUUAAGUGCUUUUCUUACAUAUAGUAAACAUUUAUAUAAACAGCUACAAAAAUUUAAAAUCACAUAAAAAGGUUUCAAAAAUUAUUCUUUACAAUUAUUCAAUUCUUUAUUUAACUGUCUUUAAUUUAAAUUUAAUUUAUAUAUAAUGGUGUUUGUGCUUUAAUAGGCUAAAAGUUUUUUAAUAAUCUUUUUUUACAUAAAUUUCUAUCUGAGUUUCUUACAAUAUUUUCUUUUAAUUUUUGAUUCUUUUUGAAAUGUUUUUUACACAUUUGGAAAUCAAUAACUUUGCAUUAUUCAUUUAUUCUAGUAUCGGAGUCAAUAUUAACAACAUAUAAUAGGAAAAACAUUAUCUCAAAUCUUAGAAAUGAUUUUGACUACCUGAGAAAAUCUUUGGAUAUACUUUAUCCUGAGGACGUUUCUUGGCCAUCCUCAGCCUAAAUUAUAUCCUUGCUUUCCUUUAUGUUCGUCAUAUUUUUCGGGGCCAUUCUUUUGGCGUACUUUUUAGCAACCGCCUUUGUUUUACUGCGGUUUAUUGUGUUGUGCAGUGUGGCGAACUUGUAUCUAUUUAAAUUUUGUGUGUGGCAACAUGUUUAUUUUAUAACCCCAAGGCAAGAGGAAAAUGCAGGGGGGAGUUUGGGAGUUUGCUUCAUGUUUGACGGAAGUUUAAUUGAAUACACCGCUCACUUGAUGGUGUAUGGAUGGGCGGGUCAGGGGGGUUGGGGAAAAUGUACUUGUGUGCGUGUGUUGGCCGCAAAACAUUUUCCGCAUUUUCCGGGGAAAAGACGGGACAGCAGCUCGCUAAAACAAAUGGCAAUCAAGUUGAAUUGUUACACACACACACACACACAUUAGGGAGGGCGGGGAGAAACGAGGGGGCGUGGCAUAGGAAUAAUACGUAGGGGAAAAUGAGAGGAAAAUAUAGGGAAAAUAUGAGCGAAAUAAGUACGGGGUCUGUCAGCCGCUGGCUGAAAUUUACUCAACUUUUUUGAUUUAAUAAUGAAAUGAGUGUCGGCUUGAAUAUCCCUAUAAGCGUGUAUUUGUAUGGCACUGAGUGUGUUGGUGCGUAGUAAGUACGUGUGUAUGUGUGUAUCAUGGUAAAUGGCUUUGCUUUGUAAUGUCUCAAUGGCUGACAAGCGGCUGUCGAGCAACAGCUGGCUAAAUAAGUGAAAACACUGCUAAAAACAAGGCCAAAAUACUGAAAACAAUAAAAAAAAUUAAGAUUAUUGAAUCAAGUUGAUUAAACAAUUGAAGCACACAUUUUCUAAUUGCUAAAGAUCUCGGCACAUACCUAAAACAAACCUUUUAUUUCUUAACUCUUAUAUUUAAAAUGAUUACCUCUUCACAAGAAGCCUUACAAUUUAAAAGAUUUUUAA